AUGGCCUGGAGAGGAGGGUUUAAGACUGGACUUGAGAGAGGACUAAUCUGUAAUCAAUGUAUUGGUACUCAUCCUGGUUGCAGUAUAUUCAACUAUAAUUGGCACUGGGGAGUGGAGUGUGGACGAAGGUUUGAUAAAUGCGUCAAGCUAAUUGAAAGACGAGGUUCAGAUACAUUAAUCACUAGAGAUUGCUUAUCAAACCUAGAGGCUUUCAGAGUUGAUAUUCCGGCGGACAAAUAUGAAGGAUGUCAUGCUGCGAGUUCAGAUCCAAAACUGGGUGUUUAUGUUCAGAACAGUAUACCUGAGCUGGAUAUAAAGAGAAGAUACUACAGCAAUGUAACCUGGUGCUUCUGUAGUUUUGAUCAUUGGUGCAAUUCAUCCCGUCCAUUCUCAUCCUCGAUCGUUCUCAUACUGGUGGCUCUCAAUUCAACCUUGAUGACAUGA